AUGGCGGAUUUAUCAACUUCGGUGAGUACCCUUGACAAACUCAAUGCUAGUAACUAUAGCACAUGGAGUACUCGUUUGCAAUUUUAUUUGCUCGGCCAAGAUCUCUGGGAGAUCGUCGGAGGGAUGGAGGACGAGUUGCUGCAACACGUCAAAGACGCAAAGACGCCCAAAGAGGCAUGGGACAAUCUUGCUGGAGUAUACACUCGGAAGAAUGACGUCAAGCUCCAACAACUCGAGAACGAGUUGUUGUCAGUAUCACAACAAGAUUUAACGGUUAAUCAAUACUUCUCUAAAGUUAAAUCUUUAUGCCAAGAAAUUUCAAAGUUCGAUCCUGAAAGUAAAAUCACGGAGAAACGAAUGCGAAGAAUUAUCACUCACGGGCUACGUACGGAGUUUAAUGCUCUUGCGACCGCAACCCGUGGAUGGUCAAAGGAACCAACUUUGAAUGAGUUCGAAAAUGUGUUGGCAAAUCAAGAGGAAUUAGACAAACAAAUGUCUAAAACCUCAGUCAAAGAAGAGGAGAGAGCCCUCUUCAGUAGAAAAAAUGGUAAGGAUCCACAAAGGGUAGAUCGAACAACGGAGGAAGAACGCCAAUGCAAGAAAAUUGGCGUAGACGACAACAAGAAAGGAGGUCACUAUGCUCGCGAUCGUUGGUACAAGAAUGUUCAAGGAAUUGUGGCAUCCACACACCCACAGGUGGAUACUGAGGAGGAGUUGGAUUUUCAAGCAUCUGCCGCGGUGAGUGAUAAUCUAGUUAAUUAUGAUAAUGAUUGGAUUUUUGACUCCGGAUGCUCCAACCACAUGAGUGGAGACAAAGAAAAAUUUCUAAACAUGUUGGAGUAUAAAGGAGAAUGA